AUCGCGCGGCGCCGACUGGCUGUGCUCUCAGUUCCGAGCCUGUAGUUGUCGGUGAAGUUGUCGGUUCCUCUCUUUCGGCCCUCGUGAAGCCCAGCUAGCCCAAAAUUUUCCCGAGUAAUCCCGAGGCAGCGGCAGCAUCCAGGAAACGGACCGGCCGCCAAUCCGCACGUCGCAGGAUCCCUCGUCGCGCCGAAAUCUCGGCCGUCACGUUCGCCCCGUCGUCGUAGUAUCGGGGGAAAAUAUCGCGCCCGCGCGCGCUUAAAAUAAACGGCGUUCGCCGGACCUCGCGUUACGGCCGUACACGCACACGGGUACAUACGCGCGCGCACACACACACACCCCGGAUAUCGGAGAGGAGGGCGAGCCUGUUGUACAGUGUGUGAUCAUCCGCUGGAGACGGUGUCAACCAGAAAAGAACGGACAAAAUGUCAGACCGAAAAGCAGUAAUCAAGAAUGCUGACAUGUCGGAGGAAAUGCAGCAGGACGCUGUCGAUUGUGCCACUCAGGCUCUUGAGAAAUAUAACAUUGAAAAGGAUAUUGCGGCGUUUAUCAAGAAAGAGUUCGAUAAAAAGUACAACCCAACGUGGCAUUGCAUUGUAGGACGUAAUUUCGGUAGCUAUGUGACGCACGAAACAAGACAUUUUAUCUAUUUCUACCUUGGUCAGGUAGCCAUUCUCCUCUUUAAGAGCGGGUAAACUUGUUUUUGCUGUCCUCUCGAACGUCCUUUUUCCUUCCUCUCUUCCUCCCUUGCUCACUAUGCAAAAUACAUACAUUUAAAAUCACUACCAUGUGUAAAAGAGAACUUCAUUACUCAUUAUGUACACGGAAAAUUCGUUUUGAAAAAGCAACGUAUGCUCCCGAUAAGCAAGUGAAGAGAAAUAUCAAUGUUUCUUGAUAUAUCGUUUGUCGUUACGUAAGUGGAGAUAUAAUCCGAGAGAGAAAUUCUAAGAAGAUACACAGUCGAAGGAUUAGGGAGAUAAACUGGGGAGAAAAAAAAAAGAAGAAGAAAAUGAAGAAUGACAUACAACCUUACAUGUUGAAAUGUAUUUUGUAUGCCAAGAAGUUUGUUGUGUUCUUGUUUUAUAUUAUUAGGUAAAUACGCAGAUUACACGGUUAAGUUCAAUACUGGCGAUUUUAACGUAGUAAAUUCUAGCGUAAUUGUUUAGCGUUCGAGCGAUACUCUAAAUGCACUACACAUUUUCGCGUCGAGUGGGUUUUACGUCAAGCGUAUCUCGCUCGAGUCUGCAAAAGUACAUGGAAGUACGUGGUAUCCGUUGAAUAAUCGCCAAUAAUGAAUGUAAGCCCGAACGAGAUUGAUUGCCCCUGCAAUUGUUAUUUUAUAUUAAUUGGUAACCGUCGUUUCUUAUGUACCGCAUACUGAAUAAUUUCAUCUUGUAUUUGCCAUGCAACUGCGACUGACACUUUUGUUUUGUUAGAAUAAGAAUUCUCAGAAUGAUUGGACGGAAUAGGAAAAAAAUACAAAGGAGCUCAAAUCUCUCUUUCGACGUGCGAUAAUAAUCAUCGUACACCUAAUCUAACAAUAACUUUAUUUCGAUCAGAUAUAAAAUUAACAUGCUAUUGAAUAACAAA